AUGACUACUAAUAAGCCAUCUACCUCUGACUCUAUAGCAACUAAAAAUGGGUUGGGAAAGUGCUUUGAAAAUCAGGCCGCCGCCGCCUUCUCCCCGGAGCGACUCGGCCUCCGGCAGCCUCCCCUCGAUCUCUCGGCGGACUCCGAGAGCGGUCUUUCCCGGCCAGCGGGCUCCCAGGUGCGCAACAAUCAAGGCGCCGCCCCGGCCUCUCCAACCCGCAGGAGCCGCAGCACCCGCGGGGCGCCCCGAACCGCGUCUGCAGGCGCCAGGCUGCGGCGCAUCGUCCUCCCCACCCGUUUCAUCAUGUCCGCGCGGGCCAACCCGCGCGCGGGGCGGAGCCGGGCGGGGGCCGGGGGCGGAGGGACAGAGAGCCGGCAGCAGCGAUUACCUUUCCGACUCCUCGACGUGGGAGGGUACCUGUUUAAAGAUCGCCUCCGAGGUCUGGCCAGGUGCCCCAUUGGUAAAGGAGAUCCCAACAAGCCGAGGGGCAAAAUGUCCUCGUAUGCCUUCUUCGUGCAGACCUGCUGGGAAGAGCACAAGAAGAAACACCCAGACUCUUCUGUCAAUUUUGCCGAAUUCUCCAAGAAAUGUCCAGAGAGAUGGAGGACCAUGCUCACAAAGGAAAAGUCGAAUUUUGAAGAUAUGGCUAAAAGUGACAAAGCUUGGUAUGACAGGGAGAUGAAAAAUUACGUUCCCCCCAGAGGUGAUAAGAAAGGAAAGAAAAAAGAUCCCAAUGCUCCUAAAAGGCCACCAUCUGCCUUCUUCCUGUUCUCUGAACAUCGCCUAAAGAUCAAAAGUGAACACCCAGGCCUAUCCAUUGGGGAUACUGCAAAAAAAUUGGGUGAAAUGUGGUCUGAACAGUCAGCGAAAGAUAAACAACCAUAUGAACAGAAAGCAGCUAAACGAAAGGAGAAAUAUGAAAAGGAUAUUGCUGCAUACCGUGCCAAGGGCAAAAGUGAAGCAGGAAAGAUGGGUCUUGGCAGGCCAACAGGCUCAAAGAAGAAGAAUGAACCAAAAGAUGAGGAGGAGGAGGGGGAAGAAGAUGAAGAAGUUGAAGAUGAAGAAUAA